GGUGUGGGGGGGGUUGGGGAGGAGUGAGUUGGACACUAUUGUCUCACAGUGCAGUAACUCGACCCGCUUUCCCUUUUGCGGAGGGAGAGAAAGAAGAGCAAUAACGUUGGGAAGUGAUAGAGCAAAGAGUUGUGGGGGGGGGGGGGGGGUGGGGUUGGGGAGGAGUGAGUUGGACACUGUGUCUCACUCCUACGAGAACGGAGCCACCGCAGGGAAUGCAAAGGGAAUACAAAGAGCAACAGACUUGCACAAGUCCUCCGCUUGGUAAACGGAAACGUUUUGAAGAAACUUUUUCUUUUUCGCGCGGGGGCGUCUGGCAACUCUUUUUUUUUUUGCUCAGCGAGGGGAAUGGAUGACUCAGAAGACAGUCCCAGCUUCAGUGCCCUGGACCUGGUCUUCAUCCUCGCGGGGCUGGGGACUUUCCUGCUCGACGUUGGAGUUGACGCCUGGGUGGUGGUGGGUUUCUUUCGAGACGGGGAUUAUGUCUGGGCGGCCACGGUUCUCGCCCUGAUCCUCCUGUGCUCAGGAAUCAUGCAGGUCUUCAGCUGGUGUUGGUUCAGACAGGAUCAGGAAUUGCUGAAGGAAACGCAGAACCUCCCAAAGCUCAAGACGCCAGGAUCUCUGUCCAAGGACCGAAGUCUUCUCCUGAAGUGGCUGCACUGUCUCCAACUGGGAUUUCUAGUCAGGUACGUCGCGGCGCUGGAGCUGGGUUUCCAGGCGUACGUUAGCAAAGAUCGCAGUGAGAGCGGGUGGGUUGUUUACCUCAUCACCGACAUCAGUUUGUUACGUCUCUUCGAAACCAUCCUGGAAAGUGCUUCGCAACUGGCACUGAUGCUGUACAUCAUCCUCCAGAAGAACCAGGUGGCCAUCUACCAGUACUUUACCAUUGUGAUUUCUUUCGCUUCCAUCGCCUGGGCCAUGGUGGAUUAUCACCGGUACCUCCGCCUCUCGCUGAGCCACAAGCGGGAGCUGAGCACGUUGGCCGCCCUGCCCUACUUCCUGUGGAACCUGCUGCUCAUCUCCCCCAGGAUCGUGUGCGUCACGCUCUUCGCGACCGUGUUCGGGGGGUAUGUGGCUCUGCACGUGUUGCUGGUCUGGCUGACCAUGGUCUUCUGGGCUUGGGAGCAGGACACAAAGUUCAUGAACGGCUCCAAGGGCGAGUGGUUCUACAGGGGCACCGUGGCGGUCAUCCUGUACUUUGUCUGGUUCAACAUCUCCGAGGGCAAAACCAGAAUCCGGCAGAUUAUUUACCACGCCUUCAUUGUGGUGGAUUGCACUAUUUUGCUCGUGUCCUGGUGGCUUCACAGAGAUCCCGUUUCCAGCGCUUCCUACCACGCGCAGCUGCUGGCCGCCAUCCCAGGCUCGUACGCCCUCGGCCUGAUGAUGAAGGGCGUUUACUACCGGUGGUUCCACCCCACCCUGUGGGUCGCGCAGGAGCCCGAGGGAGACGAGACGGACAGUUUGCAGGAUUCGGCACCGUGCUUCCGAUCCAUGGCCCGCGUCCCCGUCCCCGUCAACAGGAGGAUUAAGGCACUCUCCGCUGACAUGGUAUGCCACCAGCCUCAGAAAAAGAAACGCGGCAAGCAAAGAGUGGAGAAGGCGGUUGAAAACUCCAAGGAGGUUUCCAUCUGAAAGGGGGAUGGACAUUGGGCCCAGAACUUCCACAUACAGCUCAGUCCUGAAACUACUGAACGUUUGUUUCAGAAUGUAAGGAUGGAGGGCUCCUGCGAGGGAAUUAGAUGAUCUGCAGUGGAUCUAAUAAGGUGGCCGGACAGAUUUGAUGGUUGACAGAAGUAAAACGGUUAACUGUGGUCCUUGCAUUUGAUACAGCGCCUUGACACGUCG